UCCAGGCUGAUAGCUGCAGAGAGGGGAGAGGUUUGGUGGUUUUGUGUUGUUUUCCACCCCCCCUCGCUGAUGCCAUGCAAAUUCUGGAGAGGAGGGAAGAAAAAUCUCUUUUAAUGACUCAUUGAUUGAGCCAGUUUAAAAUUAGUUGUUGGAGGUUUUUUUUUUUUUUUUUAUUUUCCGCCCCCUUGAUGGCCAUCAAGAGAGGGAUGGAAAGAGGAGAGGAGGGAGAGAGAGUGUGUGUCUGUGUGUGAGUGUGAGAGAGAGAGUGAGAGGGAGAGAGGGGGAUAGAGUGCGAGGGAGAAAGAAAAAUAAUCUUUUCAAAUCUCCUCCCUCUUUUUUUCCCCCCUCGUUUCUUUGCUUUUCUCUAAAGCUCUGUGGUCUGUAAAACACUUUUCCUCCUCGUCGGGAAAAUGGAGACACUUCGUUUCUCUCCUGGCUGCGGAGCCGGGAAGGAUUUUUCUUUUCUUUUUUCCUUUUUCAGUCCUGGCUUGAUUUUUUUGUUUUUCCCCAUCCACUCGCUACCACCCUAAUCUUGUCAUUUCUUUGAGCUUGUGUCUCAGAUUUGUACCUUCUGGGGAUUUAUUUUUCACUCGUUUCUUCGUUUUCGGUAUCUCUAUUAGAUUUGAUUUGAUUUGGUUGGUUCUUUAUUUCCUCUGAAUUGCUCCGUGCCUCCUGCUUUUAACCAAGGAAUGCGGUGCUGCUUUUUGUGGGUGCGCGAAAUGCUCGGGCGGACGCUACUCCACGUGGAAAAUCUGCAUCAGUGUAAAAUAUCUAAAUCUGCAGAUAUGUGCUCUUGUAGAGCUUGGAUAUGUGUGGUGAAAUGAGGACAGAAUUUAGUCUGAACAGUUGUCAUGGAUGAUGAUGAUGAUGAAUCCUGUCUCCUUGAUCUUAUUGGGGACCCACAAGCACUGAAUUAUUUUCUACAUGGACCUAGUAGUAAAUCUAGCAAUGAGGAUUUAACUAAUGCAGAAUAUUCUGUGGCCAACUCAAAUUCAAUUUUUGCCAACUCCAAUAACACUGAUCCUAAGUCAUCUGUAAAAGGUGUAAGUGGUCAGCUUGGAGAGGGGCCUAGUGAUGGACUGCAGCUGUCGAGUAGCCUUCAGUUUCUUGAAGAUGAACUUGUAUCGUCUCCUUUACCUGAUCUUACUGAGGAUCAGCCUUUUGAUAUUCUUCAGAAGUCCUUGCAGGAGGCCAAUAUUACUGAACAGACUUUGGCAGAAGAGGCAUAUUUGGAUGCCAGCGUAGGUUCUAGCCAACAGUUUGCACAAGCUCAGCUUCAUCCUUCUUCAUCAGCAUCCUUUACUCAGGCUUCUAAUGUUUCUAAUUACUCAGGUCAGACGUUGCAACCUAUAGGAGUUACUCAAGUGGUACAGCAACCUGUUGGAGCAUCUUUUGCAAGCAAUACAGUUGGUGUGCAACAUGGCUUUAUGCAACAUGUUGGAAUUAGUGUUCCCAGCCAGCAUUUGCCUAAUAGCAGCCAGAUCAGUGGUUCAGGACAGAUACAGCUAAUUGGUUCAUUUAAUAAUCAGCCUUCCAUGAUGACCAUUAACAAUCUUGAUGGUUCUCAGAUAAUACUGAAAGGCAAUGGUCAACAAACACCUGCCAACAUGAGUAGUGGCCUCUUGGUUCACAGACAGACUCCAAAUGGUAACUCGCUGUUUGGUAACUCAAAUUCAAGUCCAGUAGCACAACCUGUAACCGUUCCAUUUAACAGCACAAAUUUUCAGACAUCAUUGCCUGUCCAUAAUAUCAUCAUUCAAAGAGGUUUGGCACCAAAUUCUAACAAAGUUCCCAUUAAUAUCCAACCAAAGCCGGUCCAGAUGGGUCAGCAGACUGCUUACAAUGUGAACAACUUGGGAAUACAGCAACACCAUGUACAGCAAGGGAUUCCAUUUGCUUCUGCAAACUCACCUCAGAGUUCAGUAGUUGGUCCUCAUAUGUCUGUUAAUAUUGUUAAUCAACAAAGUACAAGAAAAUCAGUUACACCUCAGACUGUUAGCAAUGCUGGAGGUAGUAUUGUUAUCCAUUCUCCUAUGGGACAGUCUCAUGCACCUCAAAACCAGUUUCUCAUACCUACAAGUUUGUCUGUUAAUUCCAAUUCAGUUCAUCAUGUCCAGGCCAUAAAUGGACAACUUCUUCAGACUCAGCCUUCCCAGCUGGUUCCUAGCCAAGUGUCUACUGAGCACGUGAUGCUCAGCAGGAACUCUACAAACAUGCUACGAGCCAACCAGUCAUAUUCAGGACAGAUUCUGAAUAAUCAGAAUACAGCUGUUCAACUUGUUUCUGGCCAAACUUUCACAGCUCCUGGAAACCAAGUUAUAGUAAAUCAUGGAACAUCACAAAUUGUUGGUGGACAGGUGCCACUGCAGCAGGCAUCACCAACAGUGUUGCAUUUGUCACCCAGUCAAGCUAAUGUUUCUCAAGGCAGAUCGAGUUUUACUACGAUGUCACCUGGGCAGUCUACAGUCUCAAAUAUGUCGGCUUCUAAUCGAUUUGCUGUUGCGAGUUGUUCUGGUUCAGUGCAUCCUAGCUUGGGAUCAUCAGUUCAGUCUGUUGCAACAGGAGGAAACUUUACUGGAGAUCAGCUCACUCAAAGCAGAACUCAUGUUCCUGUCAGUGCAUCGCAUCGUCUUCCAGCUUCCUCUUCCAAGUCCGUCAGUACCUUUAGUCACACCUCAGUAGGAGUAACACAACAACAGUUUGCCUUUGGUCAGAAGAAAACUAUGAGCCAGACAUCACCAGUUCCUGCAUCAAAGACGCAAGAUAAUUUGAGACAACCUCAGCUAACCAGUCUUCUAAGCAACACGCUAUCAGGACAGGACUCUGGAGGAAAAAUUGUACAGCAAUCUCUAGGAACAGCACAGCCACAAGAAAAAGGAUCGUCAUCAGUUCCACAGAAUAUACAGGUGGAUGGUCAUUUAGUUGGACAGAAAAGGCCUGCUGCUAAGCAGUUAACUAAAGGAGCUUUUAUACUACAGCAAUUACAAAAGGAUCAGAUGCAUGCUGUGACACCAGAUAAAAGCCGGUUUAGAUCAUUAAAUGAUGCAGUUCAGAGACUCCUUUCAUACCAUGUGUGCCAGGGCUCACUGCCUACAGAGGAAGACUUAAGAAAAGUGGACAGUGAAUUUGAAUCUGUAGCUGCACAGCUUCUGAAGAGGACACAGGCUAUGUUGAACAAAUAUAGAUGUUUGCUUAUAGAAGAUGCUAUGCGGAUAAAUCCCUCUGCAGAAAUGGUUAUGAUUGAUAGGAUGUUUAACCAGGAUGAAAGGGCGUCUCUAACCAGGGAUAAGCGUCUUGCACUUGUGGAUCCUGAUGGUUAUCAGGCUGAUUUUUGUUGUUCUGCCAAACAAUUUGAUAAAACAGCUGAAGAAGCACAGCCCAGCAAAAAUGACCAUCAGUCUAGCAAAACAUUACCUUCUCGAAGUCAGACUACCAAAACUCAAGCCAGAGACCGACCAAAAUCCAGCUCAGCAGAGUCCACAAAUCACAGUAAACUUCCUCUAGUGCCUAACAACAUUCUGACACCGCAAGAAGGAAUAACUUCUACUAAAAAAUCAGAGAGCCUCAAUAAAGCUUUAAAGUUUGAAAAAGCUAAUUCUUCUGAGAGCCUGUACGUGGCCCUUUGCGAAGAAAAGAUGAUUGGGAAAGAUCUUGCCAAGUCCACUGAGAAUUCUUCAAAUUCUGAAGACUUGUCCAAAAACAUGUCAAGAGGCAGUCACGGAACACACAAUAAAAUAUCAAGGAACAUAGUUCAGUCUUUCUCAAAGGUAACAUGUAAUAAUUCCUUCCAAGACAAAACUCUGAGGAGCUCUCCAAAGAAUGAGGUUUUACUUCCUGAUAGUAGAAAAGGCUCUGAUGAACCCCAGCAAGACUUACUGCUCAGUAAGAGUUUAGAAACGACAUUUAAAAACGUCUUGGAACUUAAAAAAGCUGGGAGACAGCCACAAAACGAGGCCACAAGUAGUGGUGCGGUUGAAUUAGAAUUUCCUAAUUUUUCACCUAUUGCUUCACAGGAAAACUGCCUGGAAAAAUUUAUUCCAGACCACAGUGAAGGUGUAGAAACUGACUCUAUUUUAGAAGCAGCUGUAAAUAGUAUCUUAGAGUGUUAAUAGUUGCAGUACCAUGGACAAGUUAUGUUUCUCUUAGCAGAAGCAAAUGUGAAUGACACCACAGCUACAGCCUGACAUGCAUUUAAGGUUAACCUUUCUAAACUAGAUUCUGUUCUGUGUUUGAGAGCAAUACUCAUUGUGGUUACAGUGAGAUAUCCAGUAAAGUUAAUCCUUGUUAGAAUGCAGUCUGUUAGGGCCUUACUAUUUCAAGUAUUAUUAUGACAGUGCUUUUGAUAAUUGUGCAGUACUGCAAUGUAACAAGGUUGCAGGUUGUUAGGCCCUAUGUAAUAUGGUGAUAUACUGACAAUCACAGUCGUUUGAAGGGAUGUAUUUAUUAAGAAGAUGUUUUUAAAACAAGUGAUGGAAGCAACAAUUGUCCCUUACCCUUCUCUUCCGCAAAUCAUCACGUGUUUAGUUUUUCUGGAAAACCCACUGUACCUCUACUCAGAAGUGGUUAUAUGCUUUGUUAGGAAUCUGUGUUUUUAAAUUCUUAAGUUGGAAGGAUAUCAUCAGUGUGUUUACAAGGCUUCAUAAUUUAAAGUGCUUUUCUAUUGCUUUCUUGGGCAGAAACUAGUACUUGAUGAUAUAUUUGUAAUGGGUAGAUAUUAGUCUGUGGGAAGAAACUAUAUGACCUUAGUCACAGUGGCAUGAUAGGAAGUAAUAAAUGCUUGACUAAGGAAGGUGGAAUGGAAGCCAAUAAAUGGCAAAAUGUACAGGAUGAGGCCAAGAUAGCGCCAUGAAUUUAUAUAUAUAAUACAUAUAUAUGUUAACUCUUGAGGAAAAGAUUUUGCAUUUUAUAAUUGGAUGUAGUCAACUUUAAGUCUUUCUGAAGCGGUAUAAAUUUUUUUUAUUAGUUGGGUUUUGGUUUAGGUUGGUUGGGGGUUUGUUUUGUUUGCUUGUUUUAAUUUCUGUUUUCUUAGACCAAGUGUCAAAAGCACUUUUAUUUGAGAACUGUUAUGAUAUUUGUAGCUUAUAUUUUAAGAGGACAUUAGCCUUACUCGGAUUAAAUUUCAAGGCCAGUGUUUAUUUUAUUUUAUUUUGCUUUUUGUUGUCAGAGAAUGUUAAAUCACCCAGCAUAGCAGUCGUAAUUAUCAAGGUAUGUACAGACCAAAGUCGAUCAUCAAUCCCAUUGUUUAAGCAUAUCAACAAGUGUGUAAUUAUUAAUUCAUGUUGUAGAGCCAAGCGAAACUAUUGCAUGGUUCGUAUUUGGCUUUCUGUCAUAUUGUUAAGAUAGAAUCUUAUUAUUUUAUUUAUUUAUUUUAAUCUAUAACCUCUUCCUUUUUUUUUUUUUAAUUUUUUGCAGCUCAUGCUGCUUUUUUCCUAGUUUACUUUGCUCACGAGUGCUUUUAUGCACGUCGGUGUGCUGACAUUUGUCACAUGCGUUUAGUACGUGUCUCCUCAGGAGGAUGUAGCUUUUUGUGGUCUCGUAUUCUCCCCUAGACCUGCUCCACAGUUUCUUAGAAAAAUUACCAGUCAUUCUCCAGACUUGCUGAUGAUAGUUUUCAUAAUCUACAGGCUCAGUGUGGCUAGCUGUGGUUGUCAGUCAGAUUGCCAAAGAAGUGCAAAAGAAAGCAGAAUUCAAUCCAAGUAGAAGUGCAACUCAGUAUUGAGCUACAGUCCACUGUCUGACCACUAAAGGAAACCAAAUCUAGAAAGCAAUGUGAGAAAGAGGAACUUAAUUAAAAUUCAUUUCCCCUUCAAUGUGAAUGGAAAUACUGGUUUUGUGUGUUACUACUUGCCAUUUAAAAAAAUUGUGCCAAUUUUACAUGUUUGUAAAACCCCAGCAUUCCCAAGUGUUGUAUAAAAUAUUCAAGGUAAUAAUAGGUAUUGCCAGUUUAAAAUUUUUAUUUAGGUGUCCAUAGAAUAGACUCUCAGGCAAUUAGUUGUUUUCAUAUUGGCAAAACUGACAAUAUAGUCUUCACUUUUUGCCUUUUUAGAUUGAAUGCUGUGCUCACAGCUAUGUAUCCUGAUGCCUAUUUUGUUUUAUCAUUUUGGAAAUUCAGCUGUUCUAAACUAUCUGAGGAGGAAAACAGUAAGUCACGCAGCUGUACAUUAACUAGUGAAAGUUUUCUUUUGUAGGGGGGAAAAAACCUAAAAUUGUGUACUUGUUGUUUCACUUGCCUUUGUACCAACUCAAAAUGGGUAAGGAGUUUCCAGCCCCUCUGCAGCAAAUACAUAAUUCAAGUAUCAGGCUGAGUAUUUUCUCCUGUCUCUCAUUUGAGGAUGGGAGACAACAGCAUGUAGAAAAUGGCAAAUCACAACAAGUAAUCGUGGUUGAUUUGGUUGGACACAUUUCUCUGAACUACUUAGGAGAGGAACUCACUGAACAAUCUAAGCAAGAUUAAUGUGAGAUUGUUGGUAUUUUAUUGUCCACUACUUUGAAUUAAAUUCUAAAGGAAUUCCGGUAUGUGAUGAAGCAGUAAAUGAAAGAAUUGUGGGGUUUUUUUCUGCUUAAAGGAAAAAAAAAGGCAAAACAAACUAUGACUUCAUUAAUCACGUGGGCUUAAGUCCAGCAAAGUAAUGUGAAUGUGCAUGACUUUAAACAUGUUUUCAUUAUUUUGCUGGAUCAGUAUGGUGAUUUCAAUGUUAUUUAGUACUGCCUAAUAGUCAACCAGAUUUUAAACUGGCAAUUAAGAAAACUAUGUUAAUUUUGAAGGUUUUAGUAUAAUUUAUCUGUUAGAUUAGGGAGGCCUUACAGACUGACUUCACUUAAAGAGGAUGUGUCACUUAUUGUCAGUGUGGUAUGGACUUUAUUUGCUUAAAUACCUUCAUUUGUAAAGUAUGUCUCACUUGAAAUUGCUUUGUAUACAUUUUGUAAAAAUAUUUAUAAAAUGUUUUGUAAAAAAAAAGUAUAACAAAUUGCAGUUUAUUUUGUUAUGUUGGAUAAAUACUGUUAAAAGACACAAGUCAGUAAAUAUAUUGUUAAUCCAUGGAUAGGAAAUGUUUAGUUGAAGAUUACAAAUUGAAACAACCAUUGCAAUACAGCCAAAGAUUUGGGAAAAAAAUGUCUAUCUGUGAUUGUCUUGAUUUAACCAAGCUGAGUAUUUACAUUUCCAGAAGAGGAUUGUUCUCAGUUUUAAGUAAUAUGGUUGCAAAAUAUUCUUACUCCUAUGACUUUAUAAUGCAACACUGUUACAAAAUAUUUAAUAGGCUGACUUACAAUUACCCUAUGAACCUUUCUGAACAUACUCUGUUAGGGUUUGAUUCAUGUGUAGUUGUAACUACAUAUAAUAAUGUUCAUUUCCCCAACAGCAAGAUUGCCACUGGUCCUGUUCUGUUGUCAUGGGAAGUCUUGCCAUAGCGAGGUUGCAAGAUGGACUGACUUUCUAUAGUGUGAUCUCGCAAGGAAGAGGCAUCAUCUUUCCAAGACCUUGGGGAGUAAGGAGGUUUUGUUAGUCCACCUCAUCUAUGCUGCAGAUUUCAGAGUUGUGCCACUUUUACUUGGUUCUAGAUAGUGGUGUUAGCAGUAUUUCCCAUUGCUGGUGUUACAAUGCUUCCUACUUUAAAGGAAUGAUGAAACUUCGCUGACUUUGUCAGAAGGUGUGCUGAACUUCUGAGCUAGUAAAGCUCUUUAAGCUUGGACCUUCAUCCCUUUGUCUUUUAAGUCUAUGAGAAGCACUGCCUCUCAGCUUGGAGUAGGGCCUGCAGUGCUUGAGGGUAGAAAUCUUUGGUUGGUUAUCUGUCAUUUUGUGACUGAGACAGAGAUGCCUUCUGACACUCCCCACAUGGAUUCAGACAGUAACAAAGAGAAUAAAAUUCAAUAUUACUUA